GGUGACUGCUAUAAAACAUGGAGCAGGUGCUCGAGAUGGAGUAGCUGGGGCACUGGAAGAUUGUGGAAGACCUGCAAUGAUAAGUAAGUAUUGAAUCACGAAUUCUUCGUUUGUAACUUGAUGUCAUUGUGAGCAGGCCUGAUUAGACCUGGCCGGAAAUAUAGACAACAAGCUAUUCAGAAAAAGAAAAUUAGCCACAAGUAUUGAAAAGUAAAAUCAUGAUCCGAGGAAAUGGUCAAAGCUGAACAAAUAAAACUAAAUAUAUAGACAACUUGAAGCCAGGUUCAACUACGCGAGGAUACAAAAAGGUGUAAUAAACACUAGUCAUACAGAGCACGGCUAGCUGCCCGUUGGUGUAACUGAGCUAUUCGGGCGGUGUGCGUUUCCAAUUAUCGUAGUCCUAAAAUUAGGUUGUAUAACAAGAUUUAAGAUUGUCACGAAGGGUUUCAUUUUAAUUCGCAGAUGCAUUGAGCUGGGUUACUCUGGUGGAAGUUGUCAGCUCUGUCCCAGCACUUGUUGGAUGAGCGACAAAGCUUACCAGUGCAGGUGUUUUGGAACCGGAUCCUGUUGA